CUUCAUGACAAAAAAGAUCAAAUUCUCAGCAAUGUCGACAGCAGAACAACCAAAGAAACGUGAGUCUAGCUCACGAGACAUCAACGCACCUGCAAAUGCGCCGUUUGGGGGCCGUGUUCUGGUGGACGAAUCUGCAGUGUUUGAGCAAAACGCAUGGGACCAUGCGAUCUGGGACGAGGAACAAGAGCAGCAUGCUCGGAACCAGAUCGCACGACAGAGUAAAGAUCCUGUUCCUGAGGAACUCGUGCAAAAGUUCCAUGCAGAUGCAGCAGAGUACUGGAAUAAAUUCUACACCAAGAAUGAGCAUAAGUUCUUUAAGGAUCGGCAUUGGCUCCGGAUUGAAUUUCCCGAGCUCUUUCAAAUAAUUGAAGCAAAUGCUGGUGAAAAGAAAGUCUUGGAAAUAGGGUGUGGUGCAGGCAACACUAUGUUUCCAUUGUUAACUGAAAGCAAAAACCCUAAUCUCUUCGUAUACGCCUGCGAUUUUUCUUCAACAGCAGUAGAAGUAGUUAAAAACAAUGUAGCGUACGAUCCCAACAGAGGGAAAGCGUUUGUCUGGGAUCUGACAGAUGAUGAUAUCCCACCAGAAAUUGAGCCUGAGUCAAUGGACAUUCUAGUCUUGAUAUUCGUACUCUCUGCUGUGCACCCUGAUAAAUGGAACCAAGCUGUAAAAAAUCUUGAGAAGAUGCUAAAACCAGGAGGAUUGAUUGUGUUCCGUGAUUAUGGUCGCUACGAUAUGGCGCAAUUGCGUUUCAAGAAGAACCGCAUGCUUUCGGAAAAUUUUUACGUUCGCGGCGAUGGCACGCGUGUUUAUUUCUUCGACUCUGAUGAAAUUUUCCAGAUGUUUGGGUCCAGAUUUACGAUAGAGCAGAAUGCUGUCGAUAGACGACUGAUCGUCAAUCGACUGCGAAAGAUCAAGAUGUAUAGAAUAUGGCUGCAGGGUAAAUUCAGAAAACCCUUGCCUGGACAAACGCUAGCCUAACCCUCGGCAAUAACUAUGAGUUUAAUUAAAGAAGCAGAUGAAGACAUAAACUUAGUCGAUACGCCUAGAGAUAUGAUGAC